AGUAGUAUCAACUUCCUGUGCAGAGUUGGAAGCUGGUAUUCAGCCUAGAAAAUUAGCAAUGUCGGGUGUCGAGAAAACGUCCAACGAGUCUCCGGAGGUGGAAGAUAAAAAUAAAGAAAUGGAUGCUGAGGCGGAGGAAAGCUUCGGAGACGAUUACGGUGUCGAGCCAAGUCAAUAUUUAUUUUACAGUGACAGAAAGGAGUGGGCUGACCUGGAACCUGUUCCCCAGGAUGAGGGACCAAACCCUGUUGUUAAGAUCGCAUAUUCUAAAAAAUUCUCAGAUGUUUAUGAUUAUUUCCGUGCCCUCCUAAAGAAAGACGAAAGGAGUGAAAGAGCUUUCGCUUUGACAGCAGACGCCAUCGAUCUGAAUGCUGCAAAUUACACUGUCUGGCACUACAGGCGAAUUCUGCUGCAGGCUCUGUCGAAGGAUCUGAGGAAAGAGAUGACUUACAUAACUAAUAUUAUUGAGGAACAGCCCAAAAACUACCAAGUCUGGCAUCACAGGCGGAUGGUGGUGGAGUGGCUGAAUGACCCGACAGAGGAGCUGGCCUUCAUCGCUGAGAUCCUCAGCCAGGAUGCCAAGAACUACCACGCCUGGCAGCACAGGCAGUGGGUCAUCCAGGAGUACAAGCUGUGGGACAACGAGCUGGAGUUUGUGGAAAGUCUUUUGGAGGACGAUGUGAGGAAUAAUUCAGCGUGGAACCAAAGGCAUUUUGUGAUUUCUCACACGACGGGCUACUCCGAUCCAGCUGUGGUGGAGCGAGAGAUUCAGUAUUGUCUGCAGCAGAUCAGGAAGGCUCCUCACAAUGAAAGCGCAUGGAAUUACUUGAAAGGAAUUCUGCAAGACCACGGCCUGUCAUCUCAGCCGGGUCUGCUGGAGAAGGUCCUGGAGCUGAAGGAGACGCACUGCUCUCCUUACCUUCUUGCUUUCCUGUUCGAUUGCUACGAAGACGCUCUAGAAAACUCCAAGAAUACGGAGGAGCAAGAACGGCAGGAAACGUUGAGCAAGGCUUUAGAAAUUUGUGAGCUCCUGGCUCAGGAGAAGGACACCAUCCGUAAGGAGUAUUGGCAGUUUUUGGGACGCUCUUUGCAGAGCAGACAUGGAAGGAGCUCUUCGGAAGAGCCGCCGGGUGCCGAGGCAGAGUCACUUCCUGCGUCUGGGGUGCAGGAGGCCAGCUGAAACUCCAGGAGACGCCCCCUUGGUCUUUAUCGGUGCCGUGGCAGAGUCUGAUAUGACUGUAAACCAUUUAGUGUGACGUCUUCAAAUCUAACCGCCUAGAAUAAUAAGUCUUUGCUACACUUACAUCCUCUUUUACUGCUUCUGUGAUUCUGGAGAACUUCAGUCCACCUUAAACUGGAGCUGAAGAGCCAGACUGAGACUACCUUUAAUCUGCAAAGUGUUAGCCAGCUGUAAUACUAUGGAUUCAACACUCCUGCAAGCGUUUGCUUCAAUGACCGUCUGGAGGAAAAUCCCGUCGACUCUCGACCACAAAGCUAAUGAUCAGUCAAGUUUAUUCCUGACUCGAGGACUUCAGAGGGACUUCUGUUUCUGUAAACAUCAGUAUUGUUUCAUGAAUCACGUUGCAAUAACAGUUUGCUAUAAUACUUGCAGUAGUUUGUUAAAGUUCUUUCUAAGAAAAUAAAAGCGUGAGGAGGUGAAAUGCUCUAGAAGUU